AUGUAUAUGGCAGGUGGCGGAUGCCCUACGCGUCAACCAGACAAAACACACGCCGAAGACGCUGGCGAUUCAGACGAUGACAGCGACGAUCGGCUUCAGGUUCGCACAGACGGCAAGCGCGAGUUGACUGAGGAUGACUGUUAUGAUAAGCUGGGAUUUUCUUUCCCGUGGUACAAGAAGUGGGCUAUCCUUACCGUCAUAUUCACCGUACAGUUGUCUAUGAACUUCAACAGCAGUGUUUAUUCCAAUGUUGUCACGCCAUUCUCGGAACAUUUUCACAUCAGCGAGCAGGCCGCUCGUGUAGGUCAAAUGAUCUUUUUGGUCUCUUAUGCAUUUGGCUGUGAGUUCUGGGCUCCAUGGAGCGAGGAAUUUGGCCGCUGGCCUAUUAUGCAGCUCAGUCUGUUCUUCGUCAACAUCUGGCAAAUACCCUGUGCUUUGGCCCCGAACUUUGGAACGAUUGUUGUCUGCCGUUUCCUUGGAGGGUUGAGCUCGGCUGGUGGCUCUGUGACACUCGGCAUGACAGCUGAUAUGUGGGAGCCCGAUGACCAAGGCUUUGCUGUAGCCUAUGUGGUUCUGUCUUCAGUGGCCGGUACCACUAUUGGACCUAUCUUUGGUGGAAUGAUUCAGCAGUGGCUCAAGUGGGAAUGGAAUUUCUGGAUCCAGCUUAUCUUUGGCGGUGUCACCCAGCUGGUGCAUUUCUUCUUCGUGACGGAGACACGAUCAACAAUCCUGAUUGACCGCGAGGCGAAGCGUCGUCGCAAGACUGGUGAGGAUCCGAACAUUUAUGGCCCGAACGAACUCAAGAAACCCCGAAUGGAUGCCAAAGAGGUUUUGCAUGUUUGGUGCCGACCAUUCGAGAUGUUCCUCCGGGAACCGAUCGUGCUCUUCCUCUCUAUGCUCUCCGGUUUUUCUGACGCUCUCAUUUUCACCUGCAUCGAAUCCUUCACUCUCGUUUUCAAGCAGUGGGGUUUUGAUGCCCUUCAAAUCGGAUUGUGCUUCGUUGCAAUCAUCAUCGGAUAUGUUGUGGCGUAUUUGAUAUUCCUGCCGGAUAUAUAUCGCCAACGCCAGGUCCGGCAACGACAAGGCAGUGCAUCGCGACUUCCAGAGCGUCGCCUUCUCCUUCUGCUCUUCAUUGCACCACUGGAAACCAUUGGCCUCUUUGGCUUUGCAUGGACGUCAAUGGGACCCGAUUACACGCACUGGAUUGUGCCGCUAGUGUUUGCAUUUCUGAUCGCCAUCGCCAAUUAUGGAAUCUACAUGGCUACUAUUGAUUAUAUGGUCGCAUCGUAUGGUCCUUAUUCUGCGUCUGCAACAGGUGGCAAUGGAUUUGCCCGUGACUUGCUCGCUGGACUGUCUGCUAUGUAUGCAACGCCCAUGUAUACCAACAUCGGUGGCAAAUUCCAUCUGCAAUGGGCCAGCACAAUCCUCGGAUGUCUGGCUAUUCUCGUCACGAUACCCAUCUACAUCUUCUACUGGAAGGGACCGGAGAUUCGAGCGAAGAGCAAAUUUGCUCAGACUCUGGCUGCGGACCGACAAGCGCAUGCUGGCCGUCGGGCUAGCCACCUAAGUGGUGAAGAAAAGCCCUACAACGUCUAA